AUGGGGCCUCGGCGCAGAGUCAGGGUCGCCAAGUGCCAGAUGCUGGUCACCAGCUUCUUUGUCCUGGUGCUGGGCCUCUCUGUGGCCGCCGUGGCAGCCCUCACCUACUUUGGGGCCCACUUUGCCGUCAUCAGCCGCGCAGCCUGGGAGAGGGCACCCCACGGGCCAGCGCACUUCUGGGCCGUCUCCUUGGGCACCGGGCUGGCGGGGCUCCUGAUUCUGGGGGCCCUCCUGAGCGCCGCCGCCACGGUGAGGGAGGCCGCGGGCCUCAUGGCGGGGGGCUUCCUGUGCUUCGCGCUGGUGUUCUGCGCCCUGGUGCUCGUGGCCUUCUGGCGGUUCCAGACCCCCAUGCCGGUGGAAGACGCUGCCCUGGAUGCCUACGACCUGCUGUACGACCGGGCCCUGAGGCGCUCGCCCGCAGCCCCGAGCCGGGAGCUGGUGGCCGUCCAGGACACGUUCCUGUGCUGCGGGAAGAGCUCGCCCUUCGGCCUCCUGGGGAGCGCGGACGCCCACCUGUGCCAGGGCCCAGAGGCGGCGCGGCAGGGCUGCCUGUCACGCAUCCGGGGCUUCCUGAGGACCCACGCGACCAUCGCCUCCGCGCUGACCACCUUAGGCCUGGCCUGCACGGUUUACGCCAUGCUGCUCAGUUCCUUCCUCUGGUUCGCCAUCCGCGCGGGCUACAGCUUGGACCGCAAAGGCAAAUACACCCUGAAAUCAAGCCCGGUUGAGGGACAAACCCGCACCCGGCAGCACGUGCCGAGGCCCCGGCCAGGCCGCCUCCGGGCGCCCGCGGACGACACCGCCACGAGCGACAGCGUCUGCCGAGGACAGGCGGCCCGGGGGCCGGGCCGGGACUCGGCCUGGCUCGCGCUGGCGGCGGGGGAGACCGGGCAGCGGGAUCUGAAGGAACUUGCCGGCCAGAGCAUGCUCGGGAGCUCUCGCCGCCUCGGAACACGCAGCCGCACACCGCGGGCGCCAGACUGCCCGCGCCAGCGCCCGGAGGCCUGGCCUGCUCCGGCCUCUCCGCGAGGAGGGAGGACGGGCCUCCUGGGGAUUUCCAGAGUUCCUGGAAAGCGUCUCUACGUCAAGUCUCCGUUUAGAAUUGGAUUUGGGGAAGUCCGUGGAAAGCAUAAAAGAUGUUAA